GUAGACACAGCGGCCAAGGGGCGCAGCCGGUCUCACCUACAGCGCGUCAAUACGGCGAAGAAGGACAGCACUGCGGAUCUUCAAUCUAGUCACUCAUUCCUAUAAUUCAAAGCAAUCCUUUAACUAACCUCUCUCCCCUCAUCAAUUACAUCGCAACAGCCUGGCUUCCAGUUUUGCGCUUGGACUUGUAUUCAACUUCCAAACCACGACCAUCACCAUGACGCGUGCUCAGCAGACCCUCUCCGUUCUCCUGCUCGUCUCCUCGCUCUACCUUUCUCUAUACCUGGGUCUUGUGCCCCUCAACGAAAUCAUUCAGAAUGAGAUAAUCCCUGUCCUUCCCUUCUAUGCUCUGAUAUGCUUCGGAUGCUACCUCCUUGGCCGCUUAGGCUUAGCGAUUCUCACCUUCAACGAUGUCCCGGAGGCGCACACGGAGCUGCAAAAGGAGAUCGAACAGGCCAAGGCCGAAUUGCGUAGGGCGAAUAUCGACGUUGACUGAAGUGUUUGAUGCGGGCGGACGAUUGGACCAUUCAAAUCUCCACCAAUGUACUUUAUUGUGUGGACUCUGUACAAUUUAUGUUUAUCCUAUAACGCAUCGCAUAUGAGAGAGGGGUUGGCGUUUGGUGCGGCACAUCCACAAGCGUUGAAUUGCUAAGGGCAAGGAUCGAUAUUACAGGGGCUGCACAGGAAUGGCUGUAGCUUAAGAUUUAUCUAGUGGAUGAUUCCUAUGAUC